CGUGUGUUUUGUGUGUGUGUAUCAAGGCGGCAAGAAAAAAAUAGUAGUCUUAGAGGAAAAGCAGCAUGUGAUGAAGACAGGGAAAUGCAUUUCAAGGACGGAAAGUGACGCUAGGGCGCUUGAUGAGGCUUCUGUGACGGCUAUGUGUUUGAUUUGAGUAGAAGAUAGGUGCAAUCACCUCAGCGGUGUGUGAAAGAGAGGCAACGAGAAGAGGGGGCGGGGGUGUGUGUGUGUGUGGACCUCAGCGCUGACGGGACCCACAGCCACCCUGAUUGUGCCCUGCUCUCAUCAUUUUUGGAGGUGAGGACAAAAGAAAAAAAGAAGGGGGGAAUCGAAAGAGAGGCCCCGGGAUCCGACUGUCGUGACGGCCCCCCCGCGGAAUUCGCCGCCUCUGGUCGGGAUUGCAUGGACCCCGAAAGGGCGAGGGAAAAAGCGGCGUAGCAUUCGACUCUAGACUGGGGGUUUUCCUGCCACAACAGCGGGAUUGUCAAAAGGAGCCUUUGACUCUAACCAGGGGCCUUGUAUUGCUACGUUUUCAGGGUUCCGGGCAGCAGCCGCUGAAACAUGAAUUUAUCUGCAUGGAAUUGCUGAAGAAGAACAAAGAACUGGCGUUUGAAUGGACUGACCUUGAAGUGGAAUACAUGGAUUACCCUCCUUUUGGCAAAUAGUUGCCAUGGAACUAGGAAGAAUUAAAUGAUGGUUGACAGACAAUAGCCCAGGUAAGAUGGUGUCAAUGCUGGAGUUGCAGGAGAGCAGCAAGAGGAAUCUAUGCGCAGAAUCGAGGAACUAAGAGCUCUCAAAAAAAUCUACAGACUAAUAAGAAAUGCACUGACUAAGAAGGACGAAAAAAAAGAGCGGAUGAGAGUCGAUGGCGUUUUGGGACGUGUUUUUAGACCCUUCGAUUCAAGUCAUCAUCUCACAUAACUGUGUGUCCGAUCCUGGCAAGAUUACACUUCUUAACAGACGCUUUGAAAAUUGCUGUGGCAGAAUUCUGUCUCAAUGGAUUCUUCAUUUUGUUGCAUAGUUGUAAUUGGAUGCUGACAUAAUCAUUAUCCUAAAAAAAAAAGUAUGCUUACGGGGGCCAUUGUCCGAGAACAUUUACAUGUGAGACAUUUGAAGUUGCCUUAUAUUGUGGCUUGUCUGCUUCAGCUGCAGAGGAAUGACCACAAGUUUUGAGCAAACUGUCAAGUGAACCUUUUUUUAAGUGGAAGCAACCAUAUGUCCAUGUCACAUUGAAGAAAGAACAUUUUUAUUGUUUUGAUACAACCAUCCAAUGUUUGGUAAUUAUAGCAUUUCAGAUAUAUAUUCCCCUUCUUCAACGCCCUUGUGGAUUUCAUGAAGCAUUUAAUUUAAAAAAUCAAUUUCUGCUGUCUUUUGCAUCCAUGGUGACUGCCAUCAGUCCUUCAUUUAUCAGUGCUGUCCCCCAUUAUUGAUAGUACUCACUGUUGUCUUUUUGUAAGUCAAAAGGAAAAACAUGCAGAAUUUUUCUAAUAGCCCUGCCCCCCAUUCUCUCCCCGCCGGCUUUAGCGGGAGGGGUGGAGGAGGACCUCCAUAUCCUACUCAACCAGCAGAGCCCCAGGUCUCACCAAGGAUGGCGGAUGAUUAUGCAGGGAUGCAACAGCAGAGCCUGCACAGAGGCCUUCCACACGCCAGUCAAGUCAGCCCCAUGCUUGCUUAUAAUGCUCGAAACAGAGGGACUGUAGAGCCACCACCAACACAGGGUAACCUUCAUAGUGGCAACGGCAACAACCUUUACAGGAAGGACACAAUGGAUUAUUAUUUUUCAAUGGGUGGGAAGGACAGGAACAGAAGAGGAGGCCUGGUCUACGGGUCAGGAUUUGGAUAUCCUAAUAUCGAUGGACACAUACCGCCCCAGUACAGACAUUCUGGUUCUGGAUCUGUGUUAUCAUCUGGAGUCAUGUCACAAUAUUCAGUAGACUAUGGGCCCAGUACUGGUUCAGGUGGAGGAUCCGGAGCAUUCUCUCCUCGUCAGUACAGCGUGAGUCAGAAUGCUGCAAUGCAGGCUAUGACGGCUUCUCAGAGUCGCCAACCUGGACAAACAUUUUCUCCAGUCCACCAUGGGCAACAGCAUAGGAGUUAUCCAACCUCUGUGCACAGAAUGACCCCUCAGUACCCACAGUACUCUCCACAGGCUGGAGCAUCCACAGGGUCAUCAGGAAUGUACAGCCCCCCUCCACAGAGAUAUCUUGAUGGGACUACUAACACCAGUUUUGAUCCCAAAGUCAACAGUUCUCACAGUGUCAACCCAAGUGCAAACUCUGCCUCCGGUUCAGUUGCUAGUAACAAUAUGGGGCCAGUGGAGAAUGUUCAACAGCGUUACCUUGCCUCAAAUUAUGCUGGAUAUUCCCCACAGACGCAUCCACUUCUCAAGCAAGUCACACUACAGCACCACAACUCUCAGCACAGUUCAGGUGUGGGUUAUGACAGCCCACUGAAAAUGCAGCAGCAGGGCCCAUCUCCAGGCUCUGUAUAUGGUAAACAUCACCAACCGUCCAACCCCAAUAUACCUAUUGCAGCAUCUGAAGAACUUGCCAAAUCCCCAAUGCAUGCUAAUUCUCAACAAAGCCAGAUGCACCAAAACCUCAGCCCAAUAUCCAACCCUUCCCCAGCUGCAUCUGCAGUACAUUCCCCCAGUUGUAGCUCCACACCUUCCCCUUUGAUGGGUGUUUCAGAGACAUAUGUAAACCCCUCUGGUCCCUCCCAUCCUCCCACAUCUAAUGUCCAUAGCAGCCACGGUCAUAGAUUAAUGCAGGUUGUGUCACAGUUAAGUCCAACGCCCAACUCAAAUAGUAGCAUCAGUAGUUGUGGUAGCAGUGGCAGUCACAAAGGUCAUAACCUCACCACUGUUGGCAUAAACAGCAUCCCACCAACAAGCUGCAAAAAAAUAGGUGUAGGAUCAGGGCUUGGAGGCUCUCCAGUUGGGAAAAUGCAAGAUGCAGGACUGAAUAGUCUUAAUGCUCUGAGCUCCCAAGUAGCCAAUUUACCAAACACAGUUCAACAUAUGACACUUACUGACAAUAUGCUCUUACAGAAGAAAGGGAAAGAUGGACAGAUGCAACAAGCAACGCAUGGUGUUCCCUCAUUGCAACCAAGGAGUAGAAAUGCAAGUGCGGCCUCAAGCACGGGCACAGCUAAAGAUGCAGUGGGAGUUGGUGAUGGCGCAGGUUUAGACCCUGUUACUGCUGAAGACUCAUCUUAUAUGUCAGUCGGGACCUCAUCAGAGACCAAGACAGAGCAAGAGGAUCAUUUAAUAGAGGUGGAACAUACAAGACGGAGGCAACUAAGUGGUGCAAGUAGCGGGUCUGAACCAUAUUUUUACCAUACUCCAAGUCAAACCCAGGCACAAACAUCAGUAAAUGCCAAAACGUUCACUUGCAAGUCACCACCAAAAGAAAUUGUUUCAAAAGCAAAUGAAGAUCUUGUCGCUUCUUCAUCAGCAUCUUCCUCUUCUGAGUGUCAGCCAACAGAGACCGACCUAAAAUCACAUUCAAAACCGACAGUCUCCUCAUCCAGGUCCUGUAAUAUUCCUCCUGCCCAGCCAAACUGUGUUUCACACACUAGUUUAGUAAAUAAUACUCCAAAAGGUGGCCAUAAGAAAAGUACAGAAGUAACAAAUGAACGCAUCAAAACUGAACACGAAGAUGGGGUUGAGAAGAUGGAGAAGGGAAAUAGCCAAAUGUUGCGUGGUGGAGAAAGCAUCACAAAAUAUGGCCAGGACAAAGAAAAUAGGUUGCACACCGCAUCCACUGCACACAAUGAGAGUGAACAAAAACCUGCAUCUGAAGAACAGCAAAGCGUUGGUGUGAUUGUUUCAGCACGUUCUGAGGGAAGCCAUUUCGAAAAAGGCAAACAACCGCAAGAUCUCUGUCUGAAGGAGAAGCAGGCACAGUCUUACUUGAAAGAGUCAACUAGUUAUAAUGGAGAGGAAGGUAUUGAUCUGAGUCGGUAUUCGUCUCGUUACCCCAAAUCAAAUAUUGAACAGGUUCAAAAUGUUGCCCAGUUUGGAUCACAUAAGUAUAGUUUUGUAGAGUCAACAUAUGGCUCAGAUUUGUCUGUGAUGAACAAAGGAAGGACUGGCCCAGCAGGUGUAAUGGAAUCGAGUUCCAGAGACUAUCAGCAAUCUCACUCUGGCUAUGGCCCUGAACAUUCAAAAGAUAUGCGCUCUGUAACAGAGGCAUUUGGGAAGAAAGGACAAACAGCAGGAACUAAAGGUCAAGAGGACAAUUCGCAAGUGCACCAGUUUCCUAGCCUUUUACAAGAAGUUCUUCAAGGUUAUAAUUUAGACAGACGUUAUGGAAGACCAGAACAGCCAUUUCCUGCACAUAUUCAAGUUCAACAACAGUUUCAAACAAGAUACCCAUAUGGUCUGUUAGAAAAUAUGAGGAUGGCGGAUGGUGGAGCCAAUGAUACUUUGACCCAAAUUGGAAAGCCGCAACAUCCAAAUCACAGACUGGAAAAUAAACCCAGUUUUGUGAUGCAUCCUCAAUCCUCCAUGAAGUCAGAGGCUGCCAUCACCAAGAUAUUGCAAAAUGCUGCAAAAAAUGAGGGCGAUUUCUCAGAGGAUAAUUUACCACAAGCUUCAGACACGCAGCCGAUCCAACCAAAGCAUAUCAACUUAGCGGACUAUUCUCUUCCACAAAGAAAAAUGUCUAAUGCAUCCACUAUGUCGUCUGCUGUGCAGGAGCUCCUUUUGCAAGAUCCUGAGCCACUAAAAGGGUGCACUGGUCAAACAGAAUCCCAAAAAUCGGAACGGCGCUCAGUCAUCUGCGAUGUGUCACCAAAUCGACGUAGCACACCAGAAAGGGACCGGGAAAGUAACAGAGAGCGAGAGAAAAAUCAGAGUGCGGCCUCUGUGAUUCAGCAGCCAUUUUCUUCCACAGCAUCAGUCAAUGAUCUGAAUAAAAAUGACGUUUUAGAGAAAAAAGUGGUAAAAAUUGAAACAGCAUCCAAAGAGACUGGUCCAAACGCUGAUUUUCAUGGCAGUGGUGGAACUAAUGAAACUGAUAUGGAAUAUCAUUCAAAAUCCAUUGUGCCAAAUUCUGACCCCUACAGGCACAUGCCCCAUCCUCUGAGCUCCAAUCCUUUAUCAUCACCACCAAGACGUCAGUCAUAUCUUCAAGGUGUUGAUUUAUCAACAGGUGAUGCCAACAGUUUUCCUGGUUAUCGGCUUGCUGAUACAAGAGAAAGCAAUAUCAUGCCACACGGCAGUCCUCAUUUUCCUUCCCAUCAUCCCUACCACAGUUUAUCACUCCAGACGCAAGCAAAUAAGCUUCAAAUGUAUCCUCACCCUCGUGGGCCCCUUCAGCAUUCACAUGAAAUAAAUGAUUGGGUGAAAGCAAUGAACAGGUCUGCUAAGGAUAUGAUGAUGAUGCCUGUUUCUUCCCCAGGAAGACAUAAAGUCAUUCCAUCAGAGCACAGACAAAGGAUAAUCCCUCAGACAGACAUGCACAGUGAACAACAUGGGACCAAAACUUUGCUCCUUCAGCAAAGCGGAUACUAUGACAUGAAAAUGUGGGAGUCAACACACCCUGGAAGAGAGGGUACUAGAGUGAUUGAGGGUGACUCUUGCUACAGGACGCAACCACCACCUCCACCAUCAUCUGUCCCUGGAGGUUCAGAGGGCAUUUUCCCUUAUCCAAAGGCACAUGGUCCAAAUCCAGCUGAGCACGAGGAAACUAAACGCCCUCCAUGCAACUCUGCUAAACCUCAAACUGACUUAACCUCUGCUCGGCCACAGGUGCAGCGUCAAACGAAGUCUGGGGGGCCUGGAGAGACAAAUCCACUUAUACUGAGGAGGCGAGUUCGUUCUUUUAUCUCCCCUAUUCCUGCCAAACGGCUACUCCAGGAUGCAUCUCAGCAGAGGGGUGCCACAAAUUCACAUCACUCCCCUGGGGCACACACUGAGUCAAACCAUCACAAUGAAGACGAGUCAUCCUGUUCUGAUAUUCCACGGCUCUCUUCCCCUUUGCUUAGUGAUAAUGCCUUUCCGAAAUCUCUAUCCCCAUCAAGUUGUAAUACGAAAGCCUUUCCUCCAAAGAAAGGACGCGGUUUGAAACUAGAGGCUAUAGUUCAGAAAAUAUCACCAAGUGUUACAAAGCCUGCAAGCAAUGCUGAUGAUGGAACCAAUCAUUACCCGGGAUUUACUCCCACAGCUAUCCCAACGUUUAGUGAUUCACAGGACCAUGACAUAAGCCAUUAUCCUAGAGUUUCAGGAGGGGAUGAUGCUUUUAUGGAAGACAAUCGCUCAAUCAAUGAUAUGAUGCCCUUCAGAGGAGUUGAUGAGACUGCCUACCCAUGUGAACCUCACCAGACAACCCAAACUCUCAAACAAAAAGACUUUGACUUUGGAUUGGGAGCUUCUGUUGUGUCAGCGUCUGGUGAGAAGGAGGACUUUGCUUUGCUAGGUCCUUUACCACCUCCUCCACCACUUCCUCGUCCCGUCCAGGGUUCCCCACCCCCAUCUUCAUCUGCCCUCUCAGAUAUUCAACAUUUCACCAACACUUACCAGCAGCUUGAGACAAGAAGAGGCGAGCAGUCUGCCGCUAACCUUCUUCGACAGAAACUUCAAGAGUCAGGAAUGGGAUUCGAUGAUUAUACUGGCAGUGACUAUUAUAGAACUACCUCACCCCACCAUAGCCAAUCUCAAGGACAGGCUUUGAGCAGACAUCAGAUGUCCUCUGCCCGGCCCAAUCUGUCUGCACAAGAUUCUAAGUCGCUGGACAGUACUGUGCCUAAAGGCUAUUUCCCAUCUGGCAAGAAGAAGGGCAGGCCAGUUGGGAGUGUGAAUAAACAAAAGCGCGCUCAGAACCAAGGCCAGGCACAGGGUCUGAUCCAGUCACAAGCCCAAGCUCAAAACACAAAUCUGAAUUCUUCUCAACCUCCACUAACUCCCAUUACAGCUGCCCCCAUCAUAUCAGAAACAGUGCCCACUCCAAGCAGCACAGAAGCUUCUGCAACAACUUCUGUCCUAGAAAGUAAAAGUACUCCUCCUCUAACCCCACCCAUUUUAACCCAGGUAGUAAAAGUGGAUGUUGAGAGUGAACCAGUUCAGCCAGAGAUCGAAGUCAAACCUGUGAGAAGGCGGCGCAAAGGUUUGAAAGAUGAAGAUGGCUCACCAGAAAGGAGAGGGCGUCAAAGGGUAAGAAGAGGAGGACCUGCAGCAACACAAUCAGCCACAAGAGAUGAGACAGAUACACAUUUAGGGGCAAAAGGGGGUAAUGGCGCAAAUAAAGCAUUCCUAGAUCCAAAUCUGAAGGGCCUAUUUAUUCCACACAUACAUGUGGAGAACAAAAUACCAGAGAUUGGGGCAGUGUGCACUAUUGUAAAUGCUGAGGAUGAUAAGUUGAAAGGAGAGCGAAGUGCAGUUGGAGGGAAAGCUGGUGUGAGUGGAAUCGAUUCUCUUCCGGCCGCAACUCUUUCCUCAAAUUUAUCCAAAAGAGAAUCCGAGAGGAGGGAGAUGGAUGAAGUGGAAACGACACUUCAGUCAGGAAAAGCACUCCCUUCAUCUGGCUAUGUUGUUUCCGGACCUGCUCUUACAGAAACCAAACACUCUGGCCGCCAACUUUGCUGUCUGUGUCAAAAAUGGGCCAAUUACAAACACCUUGGAGACCUUUAUGGGCCUUACUAUCCUGCUGAAUAUGCUGCAAAGCUCCCCAAGAAUCAGCCCCAGGUUAGACAAUGUCAAACAACCACAGGCACAAUCAAAACUGGACCAAACUCUGACUUGGGCUCAAAUCCUUUGAGUACUUUCCAACACUCACAAACACAACAAGCUCCGAUGAGCAGACCCACAGUGAUGAGUAACUGUACCGUUAGCUUAGAUUCAAACCUUAAAUCUCUUUCUACUGCAGUAAGAGCUGCCAGCUCCUUAGCUAAUAAUGAAGACAUGACUGGCCAGCCCAGUGCCACUGCUUUCUCUUACACCUCCAGCUACAGUAAAAACACAUCUCUAACGUGGGACAUGAACCUUGAUAUCAGACCUAUCCCAAAGCUAAAGAGAGAGCCAGACUUUGAGACAGAGCAGCAACAGUUUCCAACACUGCAGCAACAGCAUCCAGCAGAUGAACCCCAGCAACGACCGCAACACCGGAAGCUGACCUCACAUCCUCGCUUUAAACGGAGGCACAAAUCUAGUGAGGACUCUCCUAGAAUGGUACCUUCCAACAGUAAGGCUUCGUUGCCCUUCCAGCCUCCACCGCCAGCUUUGGACUCGCUGGGACCGUUGGCACAACUUGCCCAGUUGCCUCAGAUGCCCAUGGACCCAGAGGAGUUGUGGGUUCAUGAAGGAUGCAUCGUGUGGACCAGCGGAGUCUACCUUGUCAAUGGGAGACUGUAUGGCCUGCAGGAGGCACUCGAUGGUGCCAGGGAAACGAGCUGUUCAUACUGUGAGAUGGUCGGCUCUACCCUUGGCUGCUACAGUAAAGGCUGUACACUUCGAUACCACUAUCUGUGUGCCAUUGAAUCAGAUUGUUCUCUUAAUGAAGAUAACUUCUCACUCCGAUGUCCGAAGCACAAGGUUAUUACUGAUCAACUUGUUUGGUCAACUCUACCUCAAGCAGGUUACCCAGGGCGCCCGGCCGGCCAAAUUGGUGUACUUGGAGCAGUCGGAGAGAGGGUGAGACAAUAACAGGAGUCUGGAUGCGGUUUGGACAAGGGCCGGCUACGAGACGACACUUGUUGUGAAGAAGAGUCGCACAGGACCGAGAGAGAGCAACAAAAGGGAAUGUAAAAUUUCAACAGGAGUCAACAUCAUUUACAUUCAAGACAUUACUGCUUUUCUUGGAGAACUAUUAUUGCUCUUUUACUUCAAAGCAGAAAAAGACAAAAACACACAGCAUAAAGGAACAAAGCUGAAGGAAAAAAGACUUUUAAGAAGAAAACACUAACUGAGAUGGAAGCGGAAUGAAAAGAGAUGCCAAACCAGAUGGAGGAACAAAAGAACUUGUCCGUUAAGACCAAAAGGAGCGAUUUUCCUCUCUGGGCUUACUUUGAUUUCCUUGAAAUGCCCUCGAAGUGUUUAAACUCUUGUUUAUCACUAUUUUAUCAUUUACCUUGUUUUUUUUGUUUUUUUUCUCCGGGUAUUCUUUUGUUUUAAGGAGACCUGUUGGGAGCAAACAGGGUGUCAAACUGAGAAGAGAGAUUACAAUUUUCUCUCAAGUAGUAUUUUUAUCUCAUGAUAUCAGAUUCAUAUUUUAGCCAUUAUUAUUUUUGUAUCCUCAUCAGUAUUUAUCUGAAAUGAUAAAAUGGAUGUAUCUCACUUUAUAUUCGUUAAUUGGCUGCUUUUUCUUUUGUUUUUAUUUCAUUCCCGGAGAGGAGGGAGCCAGAUUGAUGUCUGGAAUGUCAGGGUUGAGUUUGCCACAAAGACAUUUAUUGCCUUGGAGAAUGGACAUCUGUUGCCUUUCAAUAGAGUGUAAGUGUGCGUGCGUGUGCGCGUGCGUGUGCGUGUGCGUGCGUACAUGAAUGAGAGGAAGUGCUAUACCAUUCUGGUCCUUUUUGAAGUGUUCUUAUUUUUCAUCAGUGAGCUUUUUACGGUACAGCAAGUAUUCCCGAAAAAUCAGAUGGGCACAGUCUUAUUUUUCAAGUAGAAAUGUUCCUAAUGUGCACAGAAAAGGGACCGUGACGUAAGAGGAGAUAAAACGAUGGACUAAAAGUGUCUGCCCGCCUUUCACCACACGGACACGACCAAGAUGAAGGACACUGAAGGGUUGUCAGCGGUGGGGAACUACUCUUGUUCUACAUAGGAAGCAUUACUGGUCACCUGACAUCACGAGGAAAGGAUGUGAUGGACAGGUGCGACGGGCCAGUUGGCUACACGGGCCGAUCGGACCAAGCUUCACCGUGUACGUUGUCAUCAGUAGCACAGCAGCAGUUUGAACGGGAGAAAAUCCGUUCAAAAGAGGCAUUGCCAUCAAAUUUUAUUGUGAGUCGUACAUGGUGUUGUCUUGACCAUUUUUUAUUGUUAUUGUAAAAAAAAAAAAAAAAAAAGAAAGAAAGACGGCAGUUACACUAUCCAAACCAUGCUGUAUCACAAAACCUGUCAAUAUGUAUAUGA